UCCUCCUCCAUCCCUCCCUCUCUCGCGGCGCUGCGAUCACGGCAUGGCGUCGAGCUUACCGGCACCGAGACCUGGUCUCUUGUCACACGACGUUAGCGGGCGCCGGCGUCGGGUGUCGGCCAAGUCUGUCGCCGCAUCCACCGUGGCGAUGCGGCCUGCAGGCGCCGUGGCCGCGCCUAGCGUUGGGAUCAAGCAGUACACGGCGGUCGCCGCCGCUCCCAGCAGGCCCGCGCUCGCUAGUAUGUGGAGGGAGAUCCAAGGCGCCGACGACUGGGAGGACCUCGUGGAGCCCCUCAAUCCCUUGCUGCGCGACGAGAUCGUGCGGUAUGGCGAGCUCGUCGUCGCAUGCUACAAGGCCUUCGACCUCGACCCCGCCUCGCGGCGCUACCUGAACUGCAAGUACGGGAAGCGGAGCAUGCUACGGGAGGUGGGCAUGGUGGAUUCCGGCUAUGAGAUCACCAAGUACGUGUAUGCGACGCCGGACAUCAGCAUCCCGACGCAGAGCGGUACCUGCUGCAGCCGGUGGAUCGGGUACGUCGCAGUGCCGUCCGACGAGGCGGUGCGGCGUCUGGGGCGAAGGGAUAUUCUGAUCUCCUUCCGAGGGACAGUCACCAACACCGAGUGGAUCGCUAACUUCAUGAGCUCGCUCACCCAGGCGCGGUUGGACCCCCACGACCCCCGCCCCGACGUCAAGGUCGAGUCCGGCUUCCUCAGCCUCUACACCUCCGACGACAGCAGCAGCAAGUUUAGCAGCGGCAGCUGCAGGGAGCAGCUGCUCUCCGAGGUCUCGCGGCUCAUCCACAAGUACAAAGACGAGGAGCUGAGCAUUACAUUGGCCGGGCACAGCAUGGGGAGCUCCCUGGCUCUCCUCCUUGGGUACGAUCUCGCGGAGCUCGGCCUGAACCGGGACGGACUGCGGCAGGAGGUGCCCAUCACGGUGUACUCCUUCGGAGGCCCGAGGGUGGGGAACUCGGGAUUCAAGGAUCGGUGCGAGGAGCUCGGGGUGAAGGUCCUGAGGGUGGUGAACGUCAACGACCCCGUCACCAAGCUCCCGGGAGUGUUUCUCAACGAGAACUUCAAGGUGUUGGCGGAGAGAUACGAGCUGCCAUGGAGCAGCUCAUGUUACGCUCAUGUAGGGGUUGAGCUAGCACUGGACUUCUUCAAGAUGGAGAACCCUGUGUGCGUCCAUGACUUGGAUGCUUACAUAGGGCUGUUGAAGUGCCCAAAGGUGGCGCAAGUGAAGAAGAAUGGCGCUGAUCUCCUCAGCAAGGCAAGGCGGUUUCUAAGCGAACAAAGCUUCGACACAUGGCGAUGGCAGGACGCAGCCAUGCAGGUGGGCAACCUGGUGCAAUCCUUAAGAAUCUGAGGCCUGGAGGGACCAUGAAUCCAUAUAGAGAAGAUGACACUCUAACCCUAGAAUAUUUGAUAGGAUUAGGAGGCGUAUAUAGAUUACACACACACAUUCUUUGAUAUGUUGUAUAUUCUGUAGUUUUUUGAUAGACAGAAUGGG